AUGACGGAUCAAUGUUCAGCUAUGGCUGCUGGCAUUUCCAUGGUGUUUCCUACAUCACGCCACCGUCUUUGCAUAUGGCAUAUUGGUGAGAAUUCGAAGAAGCAUAUUAAGGCAUUGAGGAAUCAUAAGGAUUUUCUGGAUAUGUUUAAUUGUGUGUUGAAAUACACCGAGACUGAAGCUGAAUUUGAGGUUUACUGGACAAGGAUGGUUACAAAAUAUAAUUGUCAUAAGAAUACAUGGCUAGAGAAGCUUUAUGACUGUAGGGAGAAGUGGUGUCCAGCGUUCAACAAGGAUUAUUUCUCCGGGGGUAUUUUAUCUUCGCAAAGGAGUGAAAGCACAAAUCAUGCAAUUUCUAGGAGGCUGUCCAAGACUGCUGGUUUAUGUGAUUUUUAUUCAUCAUUUGUGAGUGUUAUAUCUGAAUGGAGAAGUAAGGAAAAUGGCGAGGAUUCCGGUUUCUCAAGGAGUACCCGCCAUGAUGUUGGAUCAUGUGAAACUCCUUUCACAUGCUAG